CCGCCAUACUCUCCCCCUCGCUCACACCGGUAGUUGUCAUGGCGAUGGAGUCAGCUUCGGCGUUGGCUCCAGGGGUUGUUGCCAUGGAGAUGCCGGUGCGAGGUGCGCUCUCGGUGGUUCAAGAAGACGAGGGCUACAGCGCGCCGGGGUCCGAGGAGCGACUGCGGUACCGCCAAGGGGGCGGGAGACGGAGGCACGGGGUGCCGUUCAACCGGGGGGGGCACUACAUGCUGGUGGUGAUCGGGGAGAUCGGCACGGAGCACCAGCUGGACGUCGCCAGGGCGCACGUAGAGCGGGGAAUUCGAUCCUGGGACGUCGACCUGAGGAGCUGCGACCUCGAUCGGCAGCUGCAGCUGUUCAUAACUCGUCACUCGGCCCAUUUCUCCUCUGAGGUCAAAGGACAAAGAACUCUGCACCACAGGAGUGAUGUGCUAGAGACCGUGGUCCUCGUCAACCCGUCAGAGGACGCCGUUGUGUCGGAGAUCCAGUCUCUAAUCACAGACUCAGCAGGACACAAGCUUCUGGUCUUGAGUGGACAAAGCUCAGAUCACGGUGGCCUUCUUCUUCAAACCGGAGUUUUCACCCAUCAGACGUUUUCACGCGUCUUUGCUGAUCCUGGAGUCAGUGAACUUCUGGGCACAACAGCCCCCAAGCAGCAGGCUACACUCACUGUGUGCUGCCGCGGGGAGGUGGGCUGGAGCUCCCUGGGACAGCAGCAGACUCUGAGUCAGUUUCUGGAAUACAAACUGAACCCUGAGUCUGUUCUCCCCAAGAUGGAGGGUGUCGCAGAGUUCACAGAGUAUAUCUCUGAGACGGUCGACGUGCCCUCGCCUUUUGACCUCCUGGAGCCCCCCACGUCCGGGGGCUUCCUGAAAUUGUCCAAACCGUGCUGCUACAUCUUCCCCGGCGGACGCGGGGACUCGGCUCUCUUCGCCGUGAACGGCUUCAACAUCUUAGUGGACGGAGGCUCCGAGCGGAAAUCCUGCUUCUGGAAGCUGGUUCGUCACUUGGACCGCAUCGACUCCAUCCUGCUCACGCACAUCGGCGCCGACAAUCUCCCGGGAAUCAACGGGCUGCUUCAGAGGAAGAUAGCGGAGCAGGAGGAGGAGCGGUCUCAAGACUCCACCAACUACAGCGAGUGGAUGAAGAACCUGAUCUCGCCCGAGCUCGGUGUGGUGUUCUUCAACGUGCCGGAGAAGCUCCGAAUGCCGGAAUCUAAUCUCAAAGUGAAGCGCAGCAUCGAAGAGGCCUCCCUGACUUUGCAGUACCUGAACAAACUGGGAGUCAAACCGGAGCCUCUGUUUCGAGUGGUCAGCAACACCAUUGAGCCCAUCACUUUGUUCCACAAGAUGGGCGUGGGCAGGUUAGACAUGUAUGUUCUCAACCCCGUCAAGGACAGUAAAGAGAUGCAGUUUUUGAUGCAAAAGUGGGCUGGCAACAGCAAGGCCAAAACGGGUAUCGUACUGCCCAACGGGAAGGAGGGAGAGAUAUCCGUGCCCUACCUGACAUCCGUCACAGCCUUAGUGGUCUGGCUUCCUGCCAACCCGAAUGAGAAGAUCAUCCGGGUGCUGUUCCCUGGGAACGCACCGCAAAACAAGAUCCUAGAGGGUCUGGAGAAAUUAAAGCACCUCGACUUCUUGCGCUAUCCUGUUGCCACACAAAAAGAUAUUGCCUCCGGAGCGGCUCCCUCUGUUAUAAAACAGACCAAGUUGAAGCAAAGAACAGACAGCAAGGAGAGUCUCAAGUCAUCCCCGAAGACUACUGCAAAGGCCCCAAAGAAAGACAAUGAGGAUGACGUGUCAGCUGCCACAGAGGCAAAGACUGACUCUGUCAAGGAGAAUAUAGCUGAGAAAAAAGAGGAGACGAAGCCCACUAAAACUAUCAAAUCUAAAAGUGAUGUGCCAGAAAAGAAAAAGCUCCCGAAAGAAAAAUCUGUGAAAAAGCACCCUAAGGAAAGGGUGUCAAAAAUGGAUGAGAAGAAGGACAAGGAAAAGAAGGAGAUCAAGAGAGUAAAGAAAGAUGACUCCGCUAAGAAAGAUGAAAAGAGAGAUGUUAAGUCCAAAGACGACAAAAAGAAGGAAACAUCCAAACCGGAGCUGAGAAAAAUGACAAGGCCUGACCUGAAACCGUUUACCCCCGAAGUCCGAAAGACUUUGCACAAAGCUAAAGUGUCGAGCAAAGCUAAGGCUGGAAAAGCCAAAGCAGCAAAGACUUUACCUGCUGAGCCAAAGGCCGAGGAGCCAAAACCUCAAACUGUUCAACCUGAACCGAUGGAGAACGGAGCUGCUGAGGCCGCGUCUGUUCCCUCAACCCCUGAAGACCUCACACAGGAUUUUGAAAAUGUUAGAAAAGCUGCAGUUGUAGAUGCAUCAGCGGAGCCUCGAGACAGUAAUGAGCUGACCACACAGAGCCUUAUCCAGGACAAGCAGGAAGCAUCCGAAAUUCCACCUGAAGCAAAGUCUCCAGAAGAGGAGCCGUCGGCCCCAGAAGCUGAGGACAAAACGUUGACACAAGAAAGGGAAAUGGAAGAAGCUCAACGGUUUGAGGAUGAAGGAGCAGCAUCUCAGGAUGAGGAUGAGGAAGAGGAAGAGGAGGCGGCCCCGCCUGCCGAUAAGAAAACAGAAGAGGAGGUGGAAGAAGAUAUGGGAAUAGGUGAAGAGGAAGAUGAAGCCAAAUGGAAGGAAGCAAAGGACGACAGUCUCGACAGGAAACACGAGUUGGAAGGAAUGGAGAAAUCAGAACAGCUUUCGGCUAAGGUGGUGACAAAAGAGGAGCUACAAAUGAUUCCGUCAGAGGAGGACGAGGAAGUGGUGGAGAAAGCUGAACUGGAGGAGGUAGAAGAUUUAGAUGAUAUAGCAGAUGAAGAGAUCAAACCUUAUCAUGCAGCUGAAGAAGAAAUGGUCAGUGGACGAAUAACCGCUGAAGAAGAGGAAGAGGAGGAGGAGGAGGAGGGCUACCUGUCCCAUGUCGGAGGGGCCACAGCCCCCAUAACCUCGGUAGUCCACGGGGCCGGUGCAGCUGAGCCCAUCUCCUACAUCCAAGACGAGACCAUCCCCGGCUACUCUGAGACAGAGCAGACCAUCUCCGACGAGGAGAUCCACGAGGAGGCAGAAGAGAGGAUCCCACACCUCCAGUACGACGUCGCCGCCUACGACAUCUCCGUUCCCGAUCAGACUGAAUCAUUCGUCAACGUUCACGGCGCGCGGGAGAUGCGAGCUGCAGCCGCGACCGAGAGAAGCUUCAUCGCCGGCGUGCAGGAGCAGGUUUCCGUGUUCACUAACAUCAUCACCGCUCCUCUGGCAGAAGAGGAGCAUGUGUCCUCUGCAACGUCCAUCACGGAGUACGACAAGGUCUGCUCCUUCCCCGACUCCAUUGCCGAGGACCAAUCUGCGGCGUCGAAUGCAGCACCGGCAGCCGAGGAGCCCCCCAGGAGCCCCGUCACCGCGCCCGACGCCAGCCAAGGCAAAGAACAGCCCCGCUCCGCGGGAACCCUCUCCCCGCCGUCUUUAGAAGAAGACAAACGAUCCAGGUCUCCUUCCGGUGACUUUGAGCUCCCCGGCACGGACGUGAAGAUGCCAGCCGGCGCUCCCGAAGCUCCCGACGAAGAAGAAGAGGAAGAGGAGGACGAAGACCAAACUCCUAACGUAGACAUUUCCCUUGAAAAACUCCAUGAGGGUUACGCUUCAUCCCAAUUAUUACAGCGCAAAGAGACGGAUAUCGAAAAGCUCGCUGGCUCCAUUUCUGCACAAGACACUGAACCAGUCCACCUACCAGUUGAAGCAGAACAGGUAGAUGCAGUUGCACCUAAAUCUAUUUUAUCUGUUGUGCCUACUAGACCUUUUGGAUCAGACUCUGUGACGUCAGAGAGUGAGGAGCGCUGCUUCAGUCCAGAUGAUGUCACUGUGAAAAUGGCCUCCCCUCCACAGUCCGAACCACCGAGUGCAGCUCCAUCUCCUAGUCGUCAGUCACCAGCAGAAGAGAAGCAGAAGGUCCUUCCUGAUUCAGAGGAGCCCCUUGAAAUGAAAAAGACAGACUAUGCAGGAAAAGAGACACAAAUAGUUGUUGCUGAACAGAAAGCAGAUCAGCACGAAGAAGACGUUUCAACAUGUUUGGACGAAUCAUUUGAGAAAGACAUGAAGGAGGUUCCAGUGAUAAAGGAGUCAGAAAAAGACACUUCAUCCGUUCCAAAAGAGGAAGGCAAACGGUCAGAAACGAUCCCUUUUGUUUCUGCGUCUUUAGGAGAAGUUCAGCCAGAUGGAAAGAGGGAUUCACUUAUUUCAUCUGGAGAAGGUAUUAAAGAGGCCGAUGACAUGGUCAAAGAAAAAGAACCCAAAGUGCCGAUCACGGGUACAUUUACGGGGAUUCACGAUGAUGAUGAUGAUAAGAAGGAUGAUAAUGAUGAUCCUCCAGAUACAUCCCAAACCAUCAAAGCAGAACAGGAGGGGAAAAAGGACGUCACUUCUUAUGUCCAACAAAUCAAGGAUGAGCAAAAACAAAAAUGUGUCAUCCAGGAAGACGUUCUGAAUGUGACGUCCAUCACGGAGGAGACAGAAGACAAAGAGGCGACCAAGAAUGAUACGGCCGAUAUCAAACCCAUUAAAGAAGAGCCUGAAAAGGACCUCACUCCUGAAGUCACAACCAAAGACGCAGACAUAGAAGCUGUCGCUUUUGAGAUCGAACAAACCAAAGAUGAGCCAAAACAGAGAGAUGAGGAUUUUCACCUCAAAAGCAAAGGUGAGGUGAAGGAAGCCAAGCUUGAAACUGAUGAUUUGUAUGAUAGUGAUAUUUCUGACAUUAGCCCGAUAAAGUCUGCAAAGACAGAGACUGAAGCAGUGCACGCCACAGAUAUCAAGCCUUUUAAAGACGAGAUGGAGAGAGAUGUAAAGAAGGACGAUAUUCCCACUAUUGUACAUUCUACAGAUCAAAAACCAUCUGAUAAAGUGAUUGAAGAAAAGAAAGAGGAAAAAGAGAUGGGGCGGGGAAAGGAAGAGAGAGAAAUCAAUAGAGAAGAAGAAAGUAUUGGUAAGAGUGAUACGUCUGCUACCAUAAAAGAAGAAAAGGGGCAAGUGAUUGGUAAAGAUGCUGUCUCAACCAUCAGCCUGGGUGAAGAGGAACCUCCUGCUGCCAAGUUAGCCACACAGCAUGAAAAAGAUAAGGAGACAAGUAAAGAUGAUACUUCUGACACAAAACCCUGCGAGGGGCAGGAAAAGGAUGAGGCAAACAUCUUCAAACCUACCGCAGAAGACGUAAGUAAAUACGAUACCGCCGCUAUGAUCCUCACCAAGGCAGAGGAAAAAGACAAAAUGCCAAGGACAGAAGAUCCUUCUGCUGCUACACCAACACUGGCAGAAGACAUGAAACGAGAGGAAAGUAAAGACGACACUACCGCCACCAUAUUCAUCAAGAUGGAAGCGGAGCAUGUUCAAUUAAGAAAAGAUGAUGACGUCGCCGCCGCAUCCAGCAUGGCAGACACAAAAGAGACACUUAAAGAGGCCAUUAAACCAGUCGGUGAGGACCAAGCGGAGAAAGAAAGAAAUGAUGCUGUCACAACCCCCGAGGACAAAUUUCUUAUCAAACCGACCAUUCAAGAGGAAAAGGUGACGGAUAUCGGUGGAGAUAGUUGUGUUGUUAAAUCAACGGUGGAAGAAGAAACAGAGAAAAAAGCAGAAAAAGAGGAAACUUUCACUGAGGAAGAAGUUGUCAUCAAACACAUCAUGGAGGAAACAUGUACAGUAAUAAUUAAGGAUGACAUUUGUGGUAUUAAACCUACAAAGGAGGAAGAAAGUAAAGACCUUUUUGCUGUGAAUCCCCCUAAAGAUGAAGUAGAGAUGAAACAGGUUACGUCUGAUUUCAAACUCAUACAGGAGGAGGCAAAAGAAAUCCCAAAGGAUGAUAUUUAUGAUGAAGAUAUUAAAGUAACGGAGAAAGAAAUGGAGAAAGAGAAAGAAGAGCGAUCUGAUUUGGGAUCCAUUAAGGAGCAGAGGGAUGAUACUUCUGUCAAAAACAUUUCUGAGGUUAAAGAUCAGGAGCCGGCUGGUAUCUCUCAUCACAAACACAUUCAGGAGGAAAUGAAAGAUAAAGAAACUAAAGAAGAUGAGACUACGAAGGAGAAAGAAAGUGACUCCAGUGUGGAGCAGCCAAAAGAGGCAAAAGAGAAAGAGUCCUCUAAAGUUGAAACCAUCCAGGCGGAAGGCCCAUGGGGCAGCAGUGACACUGAAUCCGCCAAACAGGAGACCCGCAUAGACGUUUACACUCCAACAUUAAGCACCAAAGAUGAGAAGAAAGAGAAAGCUGAUCAUCUUUUUGGUGCUGAAUCUAAGAAGGAUGAUAAAAAAGAGGUGGAUCUUUCCGUGUCUCAGACCUCGGAAGACGAGAGAACGAAAAAGGAUGAUGUUUGUGAGAUUUUGGAUGAGCGUGAAGGAGCCUCUGAUAAGCUUACAGGAGCUCAAGUCGAGGAGGAAACUUUUGGUGCUGCAGACAUUCAGCGAGGAGCCGAUAACAUCUGUGUUUUUCCCAGCUUCACCCCGGAGGAGAAAAAAGCAGCAACGGUCGUUAUCAGUCAAGAAGAGAAAAUAAAGAAGGAGGAGAAAGAAAAAGAUGACACAUAUGUGGCUGAACUGAGCAAAGAACAGAAAAUGGAAAAAGAACAAGAAAAGGAAUACAGCUUUGAGACUGAUGACACUAAAGAUGAAAAGUUGUGGAAAGGAAAGGAUGCGGCAGACAAGACGGCAGAUGAGAUGACUCGAGACUCACCUGAUGGAGACCUCCCCAGAGAGGAGAAAUGGGAGAAAGAGGAGUUACAAGAGAAAGACUUUGAGAAAACCAUCAAACAACCAUCACAAACUGAGAAUGUAUCAGGAGAAGCAACCACGGCAUCGAUGUCCGAUUUAAAAUCUGCAUUUGUGGUUCAAUCCUCCGACGAAGACAGGGGACAUGAAGAGGAGGAGGAGGAGGAGAUUUGUAUGGGAGGAGCAGGCUCCAGACCUUUGUCGGUGGAGCAGAGACAAUCAGAACAUGACAUCUUGUCUGCAGGGCUGCCCUCAUCUCAAAAACCACAGACGAGCGAGCACCCUAAACCGCCAGCGUCAGAGCCAAUCACAGGGAUCAUACCGACAUUCACCAUGCAGGAGCCCUCCCUGGACGACGACUGCAAAGAGUUUGGCGUAGAAGAACCCACACUCUCGCCUGAAGAAACCAGGGCUGCACCCUUCGCCAAGCCUGAGCCCUGGUUUGACGAUCACACAUCGAAGGAGACGACUUCUAUUCCUAAACCAGAAAAGGCCUCUGAUAUACCAGCAGCCAGAGAAGAGCCGGCAUCAGACUCAGCUGAGCAAAAGCCAACGUUGUCGACGGUAUCGAGUACCGACAGUCAACCCAGGAGCUCUACGCUCUCGAGCACCGAGAGCCAGUCCAGUGUUGAGGAACCGCCACGACGAGAAGAACCAACCCCGUCUCUGACGAGCUCAGCAGUUGGUGGAGCGGGAAAAGCAAAGGUGGAGGAGAAGCCAGCAAAGGAAGCGGAGAGGGAGAUGGAAGGAGAACGAGAGGUGGCUUCUCCCGGAUUAUCACAGCCUUGCUCGUAUUUUAUGUUGGAUUCUGAGGACGCUGGCCAACCAGAAGUUGUUGAGUCAGAAACUGCAAAAGUGACCUUGGAGAACGGAACGGCCAGUGGAAGCACCGGAGAGGAAAAGCACACCUUUGGUGCGUCCAAGUACGAUCCAGAUGAAAAGCCCAUUCCAAAGGGUCACGACUUGGACUCUGGAGAAGAAAGCGAGGUUUCUUUGGGUUUCGGUCACGACUCUGAUAUCGGCAUUGAUGACAACAGGAGAACAAGCCAGUCAGAAGCUGGAGGAGCCAUGUUCGUCCUGGACGAUCAGUACAGAGAAGAGCCUCUGUCCUUCAGUAGAGUCGACUACGGCCCGGUGGCCCUCGCUGAGAGUGAAAGCAGCCGUCACCACGCCGCCUCUCCUAGAUAUGAAGACAGAGAAAAGGGCCAAGAGGAAGAGUGUGAGCGAGAAGAAAGACCAAACACACCUUAUGUAGAAAAGAGCUUUUCGUCCGUAGACAUGCGAGAUAACAAAAUGUCCCAGGCUGCUGAGUCUUACUCUUUCAGUCUCAAAGAGGAUAAACCUGAGAAAUCAGAGAAGGAGAAGGAGGAUGUGGAGGGAGGUGCUGCAGCCGCAGCUUUUCCAACCGGAGCGACGGGAGAGAGCGACACGCUGUCUGCCGGUGCUGCUGCUCAAUCGGCAUGCGAAUCAUUAAGACAAGAAACAUCAUCCCCGCCAUGGAGCCAGCCGGCUCUCGGGACACAAGUUUCUGCUGCCCCCGUAGCUUUUGGGGAAUUCGUGGAAAAAAGAACAGAGAAGGAAAGACAAAAAUCUGCUGAGUCACUCAAAGACAACACAGAGUCCUCUGAUCAUGAAAAAGAGGAAUCUCCAUCUGGUCGGCGUUCACCUGCAGAAAAAGACAUUUUAACUCAACAAGCGUCCCCUGUAGAGAAAGGAGAAGCUUCACAGGCUCGGAGGACUGCGUCUGCCGCCACCUUCUCAGGUCACGAACUAGAUGACAAUGUUUUGGCGUCUGAGAAUAUUUCAAUCAGCACCUCUGCCUCUUGUAAAUCAAUGUCAGGAUUUCCUGACAGAAAAGAGAGCCUGAUAGAUAAGAGGUUACUUGUCGAAGGAGAAGAUUUUAAUGUUGAUGAUGAUGAGGAGGAUGAUGAGGAUGAGGAUGAAGAGGAGGAGGAAGAAGAGGAGGAUUUGAGUGAUGUAGAUGUAGAAAAGGGUGCCAGAGAACAGUCUGAAAAAGAAAUGUGCAGGUGUGCUUCUGGUGAUAGUGCUACGUUAGCACAGGUAGAGGACUCAAAUAAAAAGUCUCUUCUGCCUCUUAAAGAUGAAACAGCCUGGAAACCAACACCUGACGGUGCCUUACCUUCAGACAAGCAGGACGAGAGUAAAAAAACAUCAUCUCCUGAAACAAAGGGAGCUCAAAAAGAUGAUGAUGAUGAAAAAGAUGAUGCAUCAACACUUCCAGGGGCAAGGAGUGACGGUGCAGCUAAAACAACACCAUCACCAGACCCAACUGUGUGCAGAGUGGACCAAAGUGGUUUCACUACAUCCGAUGCUGCCAAACAUCCCGAAACAAAGAAAGCAGAGGACACUGACCGAAAACAUUUGUCUCCUGAACCGACCACAAAGAGAAGGUUGUCAUCGGCAGAGGACGUGUCCUCGUAUGAAGCACCGCAGUCCAAAAGAGGAGAAGACGACCGAGCGUCUCUGUCGCCAAGCUUUUUGAAAAAGGAAACCGGUCAACCGACCAGCUCGACCGCCAGAUCACCGCCUGGAGAUUCAGCAUCCAUUUCCAAGACUGCAUCUAGUCCCUCCCCUCCUCUAAGACGUAGCUACUCCGACAUCCGACCCGGGGCUUGUUCUGAGCAUUUCUACACUGAGAAUAGUCAAGUAGGAUUGAAGAAAGAUAAAGAAGAAAAGAAGGAUGACUAUUACAGCCAAAGAAAUAUCGAAGAUGAGGGUCUAGACGGGAGGCAGACCAUAGAUAUCACCACGAGACACGAGGAAACUGCCUCAUCACCGUGCACAUACACCACCUUAACAUACUCUACGUCCACAUACUCCUCCACGUCGUACAGUUACUCCUUCUCGCCCUCAACCACUGCCUCUUUGAGCAAACCGCUUGGAGACCAAGUCCAAACUUUAACAACAACUUCAGGCUCCACAGUACCUCUAGACAAAGAGGAGCCAUCAGCGGAGUCUCAGAGCUCCUGCUUUGGAGGAUUUCAGAGAGAUGAGUACAUGGAGGUGACAACCAAACCCGCAGCAAAAGUGUCUUUACCUCCCAGCCUGUUGGGGGAAACCAAACCAUCGUACCCAUUCCCGUCUACCACUGCCAAACCAACCGACCUUCAAAGCGGGUCCGCAAAGCCUGAAACUGAAUCAAAGUCAAGCACUGACUGUUUUUAUAUGCUAGAAAGCGACGUUACGACAUCCUCCGCCGCCCCACCCUCGCUAACCAUGGAACCCGUGCAGGUGUCACAGAGCGUGUCAGAGGCUUGCUUUGAGGUGUCUCCACUGCAGAGGGAUCCCUCUUCUGACAAUGCCUCCCAAGAGUCGUCAGAAGACGAGGAGCCUGUCACACUUGAAAUGGAGGACAGCACCCUACCGUGUCUUAUUGAAUGUAAAAAAAUCCCAGCGGCUGAGCAAAAGGAAGCGUUCUUGUUGAUAAGUGAGUCGCAUGUGGUAGAAAGAACGUCGGACACCAACACCUCUACUACCGCCGUGUCUAAACAUGACGUGGUGAUGGAAACAACGCCACAUACAGCCUCACGUGAUUCACUCAGUGAUAGUGGAGCUUGCAAAACCACAUGUGCCACAACAGAUGUGUCCAAAUCAGAGGACGAUAAAGAGAGAAAGGAGAAAUCACAGGAUGUAAAGGGGGAAACCGCGACCAGAGCAACUGCACCUUUGAAGGAAGAGGAGAAGGUUUCUGAAAAAGAUGAAAAGACGUUAACUGCUGAAGACCGUGAAGUCAAGCAGAAAAUAGAGGAAACGUUGCGUAAAGAAGGCACAGAGGAGAGGAAGACACCCGCUGAUACCAAGAUGAGUGAAAAAGCUGAAAAUGGUAAUAAAGGAGAAGUGGAAAAGAUCGAGGACAAAAACCUUCUGGAGAUUCCACCAGGGAGAUUAGAGGUGAGGAGAAGGAGCAGUAUAUCUGAUUGGGAACUUCUGCAGAGGCCUGAAGACUGCCCAAGUGCUUCUCCUCAAGGCUAUGGGGAUGAUGACGAGGAGGAAGAGGUGGGGGCGGCUGUGGAAUGGAUGACAGCUGUCCACAGUGCUGCUAAGUCCACCUCGAAAGAUACCUAUCAGACAGAAAUAUCAGGCAAAGGAGGCGCUAGGGCCGAACGUCCUUCUGACCUGAACACCUCCUCCUCUGCUUCCUACGCAGGCCACUCCUCCUGCGAUUACAAACAUCGCAAGGGAGAACUCUCCCCAUCUUUCAUCAACCCGAGCCCUCAUCCCCUCUCCAGUGAUGAGGGCGAGGAGGACGACCUCAGCGACCACUCCCAAGAAGGAGACGAGGACGACCAGGAGCAGCACUCUGUGAAAAGAAGGUCGCACAAGCAGGGGCGCCACCACGCUUCCCCCGGAGAUGGCGGACAGGCGCCGCACCAGCUGCCCGGCGCAACGUCGUCUGGUUUGGCGGUGACAUUAGCCGGGGAGGAAACGCCGCCGACAUCGGCGAGCGAGUCGCUGCCUUCGCAGUCUGAUUCCGACGUUCCUCCGGGGACCGAGGAGUGUCCAUCCAUAACGGCCGAAGGAAACCUGGACUCGGACGAAGACGCCGAACAUCUGCCUGUAGACAAAUUAUCCGGCGCUGGGGGGGGUCACCAUCCUCCAUCACCGAGGUCAGCUCAGAAGACCCAUGACCCACCUCCUACCCCGAUGACGGACCCUCACCCCCACUCGCCGCACCCGGACGUGUGCAUGGUGGACCCAGAGGCUCCGCUCACUGACCGCAGCAUCGCAGAGAAACCUCUUAAAAAGGAGCACAAGGCCACUAAGGGCCUCAGGAAGGGCAAGCCCAAGUCGGCCUCCCCCGCUCGUAAGGGGGAAGUCAGGAAGAGGUCCUCUACUCCAGUGAAGCAGACCUCCAAGGACUCGGCCUCGGCUCGCUCAGCCUCCCUCAAGAGGAAGGACACUGACAGAAGCUCCAGGCUGAUCAAGAUGUCGGAGACUCAAGGCUCCAGGAGCGACAUCCUCAACCCGGGAAGGGGCUUGGUCAACGGAGUCAAGAGCAGUUCAGGGAACAACCCCCAAAAAGCUGGCUCGGCCGUGCCCCCCGGACCCCCCAUCUACGUCGACCUGGCCUACGUGCCCAACCACUGCAGUGCCAAGAACGUGGACCAGGAAUUCUUCAAGAGGGUGCGAGCCUCGUACUACGUGGUGAGCGGGAACGACCCGGGGAGCGGAGAGCCCAGCCGCGGAGUCCUGGAUGCCCUGCUGGAGGGCAAAGCUCAGUGGGGGUCCAAUUCACAGGUGACUCUGAUCCCGACCCACGACUCUGAGGUGACCCGGGACUGGUACCAGCAGACGCAUGAGAGGCAGCAGGACCUGAACAUCAUGGUUCUGGCCUCCAGCAGCACCGUCGUCAUGCAGGACGAGUCCUUCCCCGCCUGCAAGAUCGAGUUCUGAGCUGUGCCCCCCCUAACCCUCCCCCUGCCCCCCCUCCCCCCAGCUCCCUCCUCUCAUGGUACCGGUCUAAAACGCAUUUGUUGCAGUCCUCAAAGCACUGAAGUCGAAACUGUGUUUAUUAUCUCUCUUAUACAAGCACUUAAAAAUCGUUUUCUUAUAAAAUCAUCACGUUGGCUUUUUGCUGUCAAAUCCAACAGAAAAAUUAACAUAAUUAUUCCACAAAAGCAAAACACCAGUGAUGAGGGAGGAGCAGUAACAAAACCAUACAGCUCGACUACACGCAUCAGUUAAAAGUUAUGGCGGCACACGUCACACCUCUGCCGGGUGUAAUGGUCCCCCGUUCACUCCUUGAUGGCUGAACGUGCAGACUCAACCUUUCUAUUUCAACACAGAGUUAAACGACAUGAGAUACUUUGUGAUGAUGCAAAUGCGGUGGUUUGUGAACCCGCGUUUGAUGAGAAGGUUUAAUUAAAUAACUCCUGAUCGGCUACAUUUCACCGCCUCGGGGGGAGGAUGGAUGCAGCGAGCACUGACCUGUGAGAAAUGUAGCAAUGGAAGCUCGUCCCUCUGGGAAGUGCAACAUGUGUGCGUAUUGUUGGAGUUGUUGUCGCAGGAGGCUUCUUCCACGUGCCUUCCCGUUGUGCUCUUGGAGCGAGGGGGGUGGGGGGCGGGGUAUUUCAAGGACGCGUCAGACAUUUUGAAGCGGAUGCCGCAAACCAGAGGGCGAAAGAAAAACAGAACGAGUUCACAACUUUGAAAUAGAGACGGAGCGGUACGCUAAAUGACCUUGGAGCUGCGUUAUCCAGGUUAGCAUUAAUGCCACAUUCUGAGAUGCCACUUUUAAACAAAUAUGAAUGUCUUUGAACAGGAAAAUAGGAAUGCACUUUAAAAGUUGGAUUUUUAUUCGUAGUUGGAGCACAGAGAGCGAGCGCGUUUGGAGGAGCUACAUUUUAGUUGUGUGAUAAAACAAUGUACCGCUUGUUCCUCCAAACUAAGCUAGCAGUAAAGAACAGCAUAUUAGUUCUGACGCAAUUACCGAAUAAUAAUCCCACAGUAAUAUUUAUAGAAUGAGCAUGAAUGAUUACGAUUGUACUGGGCGUAAAUACAAAGGAGGAGGAGUUGUGUGUGUGUGUGUGUGUGAGAGCGUAGGACACACAGCUCACUGUGAAAGGUCUUUCAGUGGGUUCACACACACACAUGCCCGCGGUUCAUUUAAGCAACUUUUAUUUCUUCUUUUAUAUCUGAGUUGUUAGAGUAACAAAUUUACAUUUGCAAUUAAUCCUUUUUUUAAUUUUCUCCAAAUGCUCGCUGAGAAGCAAAUCUUAUAUUCACAUUUUACGUUUGAAUAACAUUUUUUGCCAAGAUGAAUCACUGUUGUUUAUUUUGGGCUGGGUUUCCAGAAAGAACCCAGUUUGACUUUUUGAUGACGUAACGAUACUCAGAAUAUUGCCAACUAGAAGCAGGAGGGAUCUCCGGCUGAACUUCAAAAUACGACACAGCCGUUUCCUCCCGUUAAAGGUUAAAGGUUAACUCCAGCGAAUACCUCAUCUUCCAAGGCCCCCCCCUUCACCGAAGGUGUCCCUCACGCACUCCGUAAGCCUUCAUUGCAUCUCAUCCUUGUGAUCGUUCAGAAGCGGAGAGCUGUUAUUUAUUUUGGGGGGCAGAUUGCAGGCUGUGUAUUAAACAGCUGGGCACGCACAAGUACCCCCCUUAGUCUGGGGGGGAUUUGAUCAACUAAAGGGCACUUUGAGACUGAGGGGGUCUGAGAGGGUUCAAAUAAAUCUAAAUCAAGCUUUUCAUUUCACGCAGCAGAUUAUUUUAGACGGCCCGACGCGUUGUGACGGCUCGGAAUAAUGUUUUUUAGUUGAGCCUCAGUAGAAAGCUGUGAAUCCCUUUGGGAAGGACCUGUAUGGCUAUACAGAAGCUGAGCGCACUAUAGAGAUCUAUUUUUCUGAAUGUAAAGUCGAUACUACCAUGAGGAUGCUGCUGGAUCAAAACGAUAGAGGAAAAAAACAAAUCAAAAACAGCCACACCGGCCUGGACGGAGACGCGUGGUAGGAUUGAUUACACAAUCAGCGCAGACAAGGUUCUCUGUGCAGGAGAGGGUCCAUUUCACAUCGAGCGUAUCCCAGAAAUAUCAACUAAUAUAAAUACAGAACUGCAGCUGCAACUCGAUCCUUUUUCCUGACGACAACUUGAAACCUCGAGGAAAUGAUGGAAUGAAGCAAACGUGUAACGAGGAGUUACGCGUAGAGAUCUGAAAGAUGUGACGACCUUUCCCCUCGAUGUUCGUUUUAGCUGCUUCUGCUGACCUCACGGUCCAAACUGCAAACUACUCGAACAGAGAGAAAUAAACAGAGCGCUGACGAGUAGACAGGGUGAAAACAAAGAUGUGCUUGGUUCAGUUUCAUCGCAGUAAAUGCAUCGAAGUAACGACAUGGUGUCACCUGUCCAUCUAAUCUCUCUGCAUGUAUUUAAUUUAGUUAUAACCCUGAAUGUACUUGGAACAUGGAAAUAUUAAAAACUGCAAUGUUAUUUUAAAGAGGUAUAUUUGAAGAAAAAAGAACAAAAAAAACAAGCUAAUUGUCUUAACUGGUACUGAACUGAGCUACAGUGGUGUAACACUGGGCUGUGCUUUUAUUGUUUCCCUGUUAACAUGUUAAGAAGACGCUGUAUUGGUAGUUAUGUUUGAUUCCCUCCCUUUUCUUUUGCAUUGUAUUAAGCUUAGUUACGAUUUCUUCCUCAGCGCAAUAUUCAAUAUCGCUCUCUAUAAAUCUAACUGGUAAAACUAGAACUACUGCAGAGUCAUUGUAAAAGGGAACAGCCUGGUGAUCAUCUAUUAAAGUACAAUAAAUAUAAAAGUGUG